GAUCGCCUUUGUUUUGCCAUUCUCUACAGCAGACCAAAGAGUGCCGCAAGCGAACAUUAUUUCAGCAUAGAUAAUGAACUUGAAUAUGAGAAUUUCUACGCAGAUUUUGGACCACUCAAUCUGGCAAUGGUUUACAGAUACUGUUGCAAGUUAAAUAAGAAGCUCAAGUCCAUUACAAUGAUAAGGAAGAAAAUUAUUCAUUUCACUGGCUCUGAUCAGAGAAAACAAGCAAAUGCUGCUUUCCUUAUGGGCUGUUAUAUGGUUAUAUAUUUGGGGAGGACUCCAGAAGAAGCAUACAGAAUAUUAAUCCUUGGAGAUACAUCCUAUAUUCCUUUCAGAGAUGCUGCCUAUGGAAGUUGCAGUUUGUACAUUACACUUCUUGACUGUUUUUAUGCGAUACAGAAGGCAAUGCAGUAUGGCUUCUUUAACUUCAACUCAUUCAACCUGGAUGAAUAUGAAUACUAUGAAAAAGCAGAAAAUGGAGAUUUCAAUUGGAUAAUACCAGACCGAUUUCUUGCCUUCUGUGGACCUCAUUCAAGAUCCAGACUUGAAAAUGGUUACCACCAACAUUCUCCUGAGACUUAUAUUCCAUAUUUUAAGAGACACAAUAUUACUACCAUUAUCCGUCUGAAUAAAAAGAUGUAUGAUGCCAAACGCUUUAUGGAUGCCGGCUUUGAUCACCACGACCUCUUCUUUGCGGAUGGCACCACCCCUACUGAGGACAUCGUCAGUGAAUUUCUGGAUAUUUGUGAACAUGCUCAAGGUGCCAUUGCAGUACAUUGUAAAGCUGGCCUUGGUCGGACAGGCACACUGAUAUCGUGCUACAUCAUGAAGCAUUACAGGAUGACGGCAGCAGAGACCAUUGCCUGGGUGAGGAUCUGUAGACCAGGCUCGGUCAUUGGGCCUCAGCAGCAGUUUUUGGUCAUGAAACAAACGAGCCUCUGGCUGGAGGGUGAAUAUUUUCAUCAAAAAUUGAGGGAGCAAGAGAAUGGACCACACGGAGCAGCCUUCUCCAAACUCCUGUCGGGUGUUGAUGACAUUUCAAUAAGUGGAGUCGAGAACCAAGACAAGCAAGACUUGGAGGACCCUGAGCCGUACAGUGAUGACGAUGAAAUCCAUGGAGUGACACAAGGCGAUAGACUUCGGGUCCUGAAGAGCAGAAGACAAUCAAAAACAAACGCUAAGCCCCUCACUCUGCAUGGCUCUGACAUGUGCCUGGAUGAUGGGGGUUCUGUCCACACUGAGAUCUCCAGGGACGGCUGGCUGUCGCGUGCUGUAACCUUUCUAGACCGGCUUUUGCUCUGGCUUGGGGUCCGCAGGGCCUAGGCUCUGGACACUCGCACCAUGCCCCUGCCAGAGACUCUCUCUGUGUGUCAUUGAAGUGCUCCCUCGGCCCGGCCUCGGCCCUCUGCAAAAGU